AACCACACUGUAAACAAUAUGGCGGGCAUUAUCAGAUUUUUGUCGAUAACGCUAUGAAGCGAAUACAUUUAUUUCGAUAUUAACACUUCUUGGGAUAUUAACUUGUUUACACAAGGUACAAGAUAAACAUCAGACAUGCCGGGGAAGGAACUAUUUCCAAAUCAACAGGAUCCUCGGGGAUCUUUCCGAUAUGGCACCAAUCGUCAGGUGGAGUUGACACUUCGUCAUGAAUUAGACGAUGUUGCCAAGAAGUCUGUGACAGAGAUUAUCUACAACAAACAACAGAAAAGCAAGGAACCUCUAGAUGAAGAGGAACAUACAACUAAACGACUCCAGCCAGAGUUUAUUCCUAAGAAGGUGAAAGAGAAGAGAAAAACACAGCCUGUCUUCCAUGAUGAUAUUCCAGCUAAGGGGGCUAAGAAGGACCCUAAAUUCCAGCUGGUGCCUAAUGUUCCCCCUUACAAUCCCCUGGAUAAGGGCAACAAUGCCCACGUCCCUGGGGACAAGACCAGGAAAUAUCCCUACAUCAAGGAAUCCACGGUUACUACUAAAGAGUUAAAGAAACCCCAUGUAUCCUCCGUGGGUGUCACACCUGCUAGACAAAGUGUGGAUGUGCCAGAUCUUAAAGUGAUUCUACAAGGUCAAGCUGCCUCUGUUGAUAAAGACUCCAUGCUUGACCAGAUGGCAAUGGCAAAUAAAGUACGUGCAGGCUCACCUGUAUCCCCUGAACCAGAACCAGAAGAAACCACAAGGGAAGAACCUUUGAUUCUAUCAGACCGUGACUGGUACAAGAAACCUGCCAUUAUAAGUUCUGAGGGAACAACCAGAGGGGUUCAGUUCAAAGAGAGACAAAAACCUGUGCCACACUUGUCAUCACUGAAGAAACCCCUCAAGAAACGACUGCAAACCCCUGCUCACAGCGCAACCAGUAUUCGGUCUUCCCUACAAAGUGAAAACAUUUCCCUGCCAGACGACGGAGUGUACAGUCAGUACGAUGAUGUAAUUGCUGGCCUUGACCAAGACAUGGAUAAUGUACAGACUGCCAUGCAAGCCCAGGAGGAAGGCGAGGAAAGAGCCGUCAGUCGUGAUGCCAAGUCAUCUAAAGAUCUGCUGGAGGAAGCCAGGAGAAUAUCCAGACCUGGGUCUGAGUCGAUGUACAAAACAGGCAAAAAGAAGGAAUCCCCAAGGAAGAAGGAGGGAAAAAAAGAUGGCAAAAAAUCUGCUAAAGACAAAGCAAAGGGAAAGAUGAAAGAGAAGGAAGAUGAGACAGAGGUCAAACCAAGGGUAGAGAGAACAGUAGAUGAGAUCAUUGCUUCGCUCCGGGCCCAUUCAGGGCAAAGGAAAAUGUCUGAAGCUGACCGGAGGAUACAGGAGCUACUGGAGGGUGUUAUGUCAGGAGACAGUCUCUAUGAGGAUGAAGAAGGAAAGAAGGAAGACUCUCCAGACGUGAAGAAAUCAGAUACAGAGUUGGAGCUGGAUCCCCAAAGUGUUUCACAAACCCCUCAGCCACUAGAGGGCAUUAGUGUGUCAUCCCCCUCAGGGGGAAACACCACUGUCCGAACUAGUUCAUCCGUCAUGGAGGGAUCAAAGGAAGGUGGGCAACAGGACCAGAUAGCAGAGGAGAAGGAAGAAGGAAAGACAGACGGCGAAGUAGGCAGUGGUCCAGCUGCCAAGGGCGCAACAGGAGAUAAACAAGUCGAAGAUAAGCCCCAGUCAGAUGUACCAAUUCCAUACCCUUCCACAGAGACUGUGCGAGGGGUUGUCUUCGGCGAUGAGAUCACCAAAGAAGGCAGAGUACCAGAGUCUGUAGACAUUACACAGAUUUAUGAGGAUCUUAUGGCCCCAGCUGAUGCGACCUAUGAAGACAUUGUUAGUGUAGCCGGACAAAGUUUUGACUUAGCAGGAAGAAAACUCAGGCAACCAAACUUUCCUCAGACUACAAUACAGUCAUCCUCAGUAUCUUUUUUGUCGUCAUGGAAACCAAUGUCUCCCCGAAAGUACCCUCCCCCUGAGCAGGAGGAAAUGCCCCGUCCUUCCAAGAAUAUCCACCAUUUUUGUACAGUUACAGCAGACUAUCAGCUUCCCGAUGAGUUCAGAAAUAUUGGACGUAAAUAUCACACUCCGAGCAGAUUUGAUGGCCAGAUUAAACAUCCAUACAGGGUAGGAUAUAAAGUUCUGACCUCCGUCAUUUUGACAGAGUUUGGAAGCUCAGGUCCAAGUCAGGAGGAGACUAUAGAGGAGGAAACAGCUUCACAGCUGUCAAAGGCUUCAGACGUCGAACGAGAAACAGAGCAGGACAGACUUGUGUCAGCUGCCAGACGGGUUUUGAUGGAGGCUGACGAUGAUAUGACAACUUCAAGGGAAGAUUCCUUCAUGAUCUGGAAACAACGUGCAGAGAAUGUGUUUGAGCAGGAUGACAUCACAGUAGAAGGUGCACAGAUAAUUCUGAAGUCGGACGAAUCACGUUUGUAUUGGAUGCCUGCUCCUCCCAAACUUGAUGUUCCACCAGUCAAGGUGAAGGAAGUCCUUUUCCCGGAAUACCAGCCUUCCGUUAUUUUGGGACAGGAUAUUCGUGAGCGGUCCUCUACUCAGCAGGAGGAGUAUGAGGAAAGCGAGGAAGAAGAGGAAGAGGAUGAUGUCACAGAAGCAGGACAGGAUUUGCAGGAGAGUUUCAAAGUCAUCCACGACAAGAGCUUGUCAUUUCAAGAUCUAACACAACUUGACAAAGCCAAAGCUGAAUACCAGGAAAAUGUGAAGGCAGGGAAAGUCAACCCAUAUGAAAAAAGGAAACUUUUGAAAGGAGAGGCUCCUGUAGACGAUGGAAAACCAGAAGAAUUGAGUCGAGAGUCGACCCCCAUAGGUCCCCCUCCUCCACAGAGUGGGGUUGUGGAACUCACAGAGGAGGAAUAUGAACCAGUCUUCCCCCUUCUAAGACGGAGUCGGUCAGAUCCCAUGCUGGUUGGCCUUGACGAUGAUACCCUCUUGGUGCCCCAGGAUUUCAACUCUGCAAUGGAUGAGAUAAAACGUCAGAAGAAAAAUAUCCGUCAAAUGAAACUGAAGUGGAGACUGGAGGAAAUAGAGAGGCUGGAUGAGGAAAAACGCCUCCUGGACCAAGAGAUGAAGGAACAAUCUAAGGAGGAUGUGGUCGUCAGCGUGAAACAGAAAGACGACUCAACAGCCGACGAAACUGACCAGUCAAACGUGGUAGAUGACCAUCACUCUUUGGUCAAUGAUCAUGGUCAGAAUCAGAAACUGACCAGUGGUGAAAAAGCUAGAUUUUCUAUGGAUGAACCAACACCCGCAGAGCUGGCCUUGGCUGCUGGGCGAGCGUAUGUCAUCUUACCUAAAAAGAGUAAGAAGAAGAGGAAACGUGCUCCUAUCAACAUGGCUCGUCUGGAUGACAUAGAGCAGUUCCUCAGAGCCCCACCAAAGCGUCUCCAACGUUCACACUCUCUGACCAACAUCGCCAAACCUGUGGAGAAAGAGCUGCGAGUUCCAAGCAAGGUGAGGAGCCGUAUCCGCAGCAGUAUACCAGACCUGCUUAACUUCGAUGACUAUGGCAAGAAAAAGGGACUCGGUGAUGAUGACGACAUGAGGGAAUGGGUACGUACCGUCUGGAAUCGGUGGUUUGAUGAACUGUUUCCCCCAACACCAUCUGAUUCUGAGGAAGAGGAAGAGCUGUCUGUGUCGGAGGAUCAGCCUAAAGAUGACAAGGCUGACAAAAAGAGGAAGGAAUCCCUGACGAGCUCUUUGUCAGAUAUCAUCAGUGUCAUUGACCCUAUCGAGGAAACAGACGAAAACCUGGAAUUACUUGAGAUUAUGUAUGAGGAGGUGGAGAAACUCGACAAGGAGAUAGCUGAUACAAAGAGGCCGAUAGCUUUUGACCACUGUAGAAGAGGUGCUCUCUUAAGAAAGCUUGGUAUGGUGAAGAGAGCAGAGGAAGAUCUUGAUAAAGCAAUACGUUUGGAACCCAGUUUGCUGGAUGCAUACUGGCACCGCCAUCUACUGUUUUUGCUACAAGACAAGAAAAAGGAGGCACUAGAUGACCUCACAUUUAUCCUCAAACACAGCAAGAACCAUUCUGGGGCCUAUCGAUCCAUGGCAGAGAUUUACCGUAAACAAGGGGAGAUAACCAUGGCAGUGAUAAAUUUCACACAGGCGGUCAAGCUUAAUCCACUGGACCAUGAGGCCUACUACCAGAGAGCGCUUAUGUAUGAAAAGAGAGGAGACAUGCUAUUGGCUCUUGAGGAUCUGUCUAAGGCAAAGAAGAUCAUGCCAACAAGAACUGAUGCUAUUCUAAAACAUGGUCUCUACUAUUUUGAGAUUGGGAACUGGACAAAUGCGAUUCAGGACUUCACCGAUUUGCUGAAAGUUGAUCCACUGGAUGCCUCAGCAAGAACAUAUCGGGGCCGAGCAUAUGCCAAGAUGCAGCAAUGGACGCCAGCUGUCCAGGACUUAUCUGCAGCCAUCCACCUCGAUCCUCUCAGCUGGCAGGCUUUUUACCACCGAGCCUGUAUCCUUAGAAAAGCUCAUCCUAAACGUGCUCUCCAUGACUAUAGUGUUUCUCUCCUCAUCAACGACACAGAUGAUAAUGUCAUGUCCUACCUUCAUCGAGGGAUCCUGUAUGAUACCAUGGGCAAACAUGAGGAUGCUAUUCCAGACUUUGAGAGUGUCCUGAAACUGAACAAAGACAUCGCCUGUGCCCAUGUAAACCUUGGUCUUAUCUUCAUGAACCACUACGAUAACUACCACAGGGCAAUCAAGAAGUUUUCUUCUGGCAUCAAGGUGGAUCCUACCUAUGUGAGAGCCUACGUUUGCCGAGGAGAAGCCUACCACAAAAUACAUGAGUUGAAGCUGGCCUUAAGAGACUUCACCAGAGCCAUCCAUCUGAGACCAGAUGUACACCAUUACUACAUGUAUCGUGGACAACUUGUGCUGGAGAUGGGCAAUCUGGACCUGGCAGCCUUCUGUGUUAGAUUCUUCAUGCGACUGCAGGAGUCAGAAUAUGGACAUGCCUCUGACAUUGGUACCCAAGACUCCGCCCUGGGACAGAUGCCAACACAACAGGCUGUUGUACAGACUUUCCUCAAGAAUUAUGGCAAGGCUAUAGAAGCCCUCAAUGUAGCGACCCGCUCCAAACCUGUAGGAUCACUGUUUAUGCUGCUAGGAAAAACACAGAUGAAGGCCAAACUUUACAAAGAUGCCAUCACCAGCUUCGAACGUGCUCUGGGAAUAUAU